CACAAUAAAGUUUUAAUCAGUGAUAUAAAUACAGCUACAAAUCAAAAAUUAAAAGUAUUCAGCCUUCUUUAGUUGCAGUGAAAUAGGUCAACAUGUGGAAGGGUGUGUCCGUAGUUUUUGCAAUUGCCUUAGUUUUAGCUAAUGGCGAGCCUAUCCCAAGAAAUCAAAAAAAUGGUGAAUUUAGCCGAUACUAUUUAUACAACAGCAAUGUGACUGGAGUGCCAUUACUUCAGGCUGGCCCUGCCUCCACUGAUCUUAAAGAAAACGUUCCUACAGUGGUGUUGGUACAUGGGCAUGGAGGAAGCUACCUUACAUCGCUUAAUCUUGACGUUAGAAGAGAACUUUUGGAGUCGGAAGACGUCAAUGUGAUCGUAGUCGACUGGUCGAUAUACGCGUCGAUGACAUAUGCGCAAGCGCAAGCCGCGGUACUCAGCGUUGCGCAGUACUUAGCUAAUGCCCUGAGAAAUAACGAUGUUCCCCCUGGAUCUCUUCACUUGGUCGGUUUCAACCUGGGAGCUCAUAUUGCCGGCAUCGCCGGUAGACUUAUAGGCGGUGUUGCUAGAGUUACAGGACUUGAUCCAUCACAAAGCCCAAUCAAACUGUCCAUCACUGAUGCAAAAUACGUAGAGGUGAUUCAUACAGACGCUUCAGGAACCGUUCUAUCCAACGGCAUUGGUGAAAAAUUGGGCCACGCAGACUUUUACCCCAAUGGUGGUAGGACCCAACCUGGGUGCGCCAACAACGAGUGUCACCAUAACAGGGCUUGGUUGUACUUCGCUGCUUCGAUUAGAGACAAGACUUUCAAUGCGAACUGCUGUAGCACCAUAUCAGAGAAGGACUCCAAUACCUGCAGAUUAUCUACCCUUCCUAUGGGAACUAACAGACUCUCGAAAACACCGUGUGGGUCCGGAAUUUAUCGUGUGAACACGGGAAACACCUACCCCUUCUAAGUCUAACCUACACCUUAAAUUUUUACAAAAUGUCUUUGUAUGGCUUUUAAAUUACUCUUUGAUUUUGAAAAGGAAAAUAAACAUUUUUGGACCCAAUUAA